UAUCAUUUCCUCCUCAUUCAGCUCACCUUGUCCUCUCACCAAGCUCCAGCCAAGCCCCGUUUUCCCCAGCAACCUCUGUCAGCUUCAAUCAGCUCCAUUCAUUCCACCUGCUCCUGUAAUGAGCCUCAUCCCAUACACCUGCUUCCCCUGCUAUAAAAGAACCAGCCAUCCAGUCAACAGAUGCCAGAUUAUUACAGCCCUGCCAGUAAUUCUCCAGCCAUCCACCCUGCCUGAUCUCAGCCUCCAGACCUCGUUUUUCUCCUGACCCCUGCCUUGCUCACUUCCUCCCAUUUGGACCUUGUCUGUCUCUGAACCUGCCUCAGCCUUGCCCUCCAGGUACCUCUGCCUUCAAUAAAGACUUUUUAAUAUAUUUUUACUGUGUUUGGCGUCUUCACGGGUCUUCAGAGUUCAGUGCGUGACAAUAUGGACAUGAAACAAUGCACUGGUGUCUGUCAUUGCUGCUGACAUUUCCUCAUAUCUCGCAGAUGCAAACUUUGUUUCUGUGGUGCCAUUCUUGGGACCGGUAACACACACACACACACACACACACACACACACACACACACACACACACACACACACACACACACACACACACACACACAGCUAUGUAAAGUUUAAAAGGAUGUUGUGAUUCUGGUGAUUUUGUUUCGUUAAAGUGAAAAUAGUUUUUGUUCUUUCUUCUUGCUGUGUACGAUCUCCUGUUCCCUGAAACACUGAUCUGUUUGAGCAAUCCAUAAAUGUAACAAGAGAACAAAGCAUUUACAGAUACUUGUUCUCAAUUCAGCCACAAAGUAUUAUUUUUUGACAUUUCUGAGUGGGAUUUAAAGUUGAUGGUUCUCACCCUCUGUUUAUUAAUGAGCGCAUCGGGAUCCCAGCUGAAAAAGGUGACUUUGUGAGUAAUUCCCCUGAGUGGGAGGGUCUCAAGGGCCCAUCUCAUAUUUAUCGCUACAAGUUUUCUUCAUCCAAACCAUCGGGAUGGAUUUCUCUGCUUUUCAUGGUUUCAGUCAUCACUUGCUCCUCACUGAACUGAAGACAAAGGUAAAUAGUUUGUUUAUCUGCUUAAGAAAAGUCAAUUUUAAAUCUGUGACCUCUGCAUCAGCCCUUUUUGUAUUCAUCCAGCGUUGCAUCUGACAUGCGUCUAAUGCAAAAUAGAUUGCAUUAAACAUUACAAAGAGUAUUUGCAAAGGUUAAACCGGAUCAUGAUCAUAAAACUGAAAAGUAUGUGUAGUUGCUGUUAUUUAGUUAAUCAUUCCCCACCUCCAUCGUGUCUCAUGCAAAGAGAUCCGGUCAGAGUGGAGAUUUGGGAACUUUGACUGUUAGCACAGAUUCUUCACAUACUUGCAUGCUGCAGUAGAUGCCAGGAGGGAUUAAAUGAGAUGAAAUCCUAUAAUUGGGAGAUGAGAAGGUGAAUGCCACCUCUCAAAGAGCAGGCGAGCAGCCCAAUGUGCACAUGAGCCAUGAAAGCUGCUUUGUCCAUCUGUUUCACCAACUUGUCAGGGCUAAAAGUCAUCUGGCAUGCUCACACCUUUGGAUGGAAACAUCCCAAAUGACAAGGAACAGAGUGAACUCAGAGACAUGGUUUCAGAUAAUUAAUCAAAGUAAAUCAGUUUUGAUAAAUGUUUCUGCUUUUGCCUCUUUAGGAUGUGUUUUUAGUGAGGAAACAAACAAUGAACUCACAGAGAAACAUGGACCUUGAAGUGCUGGAUAAUCUUAUCGUUUAAAGUUAUCAAAGCCACAUGUCUCACUGACACCAUAAUAGUCAUGCUCAAUCCAGCCUCCUCUCGUGGAUACAGUUUACCCUUCUCGGAAUGCACUACAUCACUGUUAAUUUCCAUAUAAAUGAGCAGCAGACAUGUUCAUUUACAGCAGGCUCGUGAAUCUUAUCUGCUGGGAAGUUGUUAUCUUCAGAAAGCAAAUAAAGUAUGUCAUAAUAGUCCUAUUUAUUUCUCUGAGAGCAUUUUAUUUACAGAUUUUUAUUUCUUGUGGGGCAGUGUUUUAUCAGGCGUAACCCUGACCCUGCAUGAACGAAGGGCAGUGCAGCGCUGAGUCUUCAAGUCAAUUCUCCAUCCUGAUCCAAAACCUUUAAAACCAUGGGGUGUGGUGCGAUCAAGUCUCUUCUGGUCAGCCUGUCUCAGAGGAAGCCUAUUGAGCCCGACGGGGAGUCGUCCACCUUUAACCGAUGCCUAACCACCCUGGACCUGGUGGCCCUUGGAGUGGGCAGCACCUUGGGUGCUGGGGUCUACGUCCUCUCCGGAGAAGUGGCCAGAGACUCUGCUGGACCCAGCAUCAUCAUUUCCUUCUUUAUCGCAGCCCUGGCAUCUAUAUUUGCUGGACUGUGCUAUGCAGAGUUUGGAUCCAGAGUUCCUAAAACAGGUUCAGCUUACCUUUACAGCUAUGUGACUGUUGGAGAACUGCUGGCUUUCAUCACCGGCUGGAAUCUGCUGCUCUCCUACGUCAUAGGAACAUCCAGUGUUGCAGUGGCCUGGAGUGGGACAUUUGACGAACUCAUUGGAGGUGUCAUAUCAAAGUUCUUUGAAGAUAAUGCAGCCAUGAACUUACCUGGCCUGGCACCUUACCCAGAUAUCUUUGCAGCCGUUCUCAUCAUGCUCCUGUCAGGUGUGCUGGCAUUUGGAGUGAAAGAAUCCACAACCAUCAACAAGAUCUUUACAGCAAUCAACAUCUUAGUGUUGCUGUUCGUGACCAUCUCUGGAUUCAUCAAAGGAAACAUCUACAACUGGCAAAUCAGCGAGGAGGCUUUGAUAAAUGCCACAGCAGAACUCAAGAACCUAAGCUCUACCACCAAUGUAACCAGCGAGUUUGGAGCAGGUGGAUUCUUCCCAUAUGGCCUCAGUGGUACCCUGGUUGGAGCUGCAACCUGCUUUUAUGCUUUUGUUGGAUUUGAUUGCAUUGCAACAACAGGUGAGGAGGUGAAGAACCCUCAGAAGUCUGUUCCUGUGGGUAUUGUGGCUUCACUUCUGAUCUGUUUCUUGGCCUACUUUGCGGUGUCCGCUGCCCUCACCCUGAUGAUGCCCUACUAUAUGCUCAAUGAGAAGAGCCCCCUUCCUGUGGCCUUUGAAUAUGUUGGCUGGGCCCCUGCAAGAUACGCUGUGGCAGCCGGAUCAUUGUGUGCCCUUUCCACCAGCCUCCUGGGAGCCAUGUUUCCAAUGCCCCGGGUUCUGUUUGCCAUGGCAAGAGAUGGACUGCUGUUCCAACCUUUGACUAAAGUCACCUCUAAGGGUAGUCCUGCUGUAGCUACUAUUGCAUCCGGAGCUGUGGCAGCAAUAAUGGCUGUCCUCUUUGAUCUGGAAGCCUUGGUGGAAAUGAUGUCCAUUGGUACUCUGUUUGCAUAUACACUUGUUGCCAUAUGCAUUCUUAUACUAAGAUAUCAGGCCGAUUCAUCUGAGGAUUCAGAUCUAAAGAUUAGAGAAUCAAACUCGAGGUUUGCCUUUUUGAAUCCUCCGUCUUCUCCCAACACAUCCACUGCUCGAACAGUCACAAUAUUGACUAUAAUCUCUGUUGUGUUUGUGGUUGUGCUGUGCAUCAUCUUGUCUCAGGCCAUUGAUGCUCUGUCAAAUGUGGAGGCAUGGAGCGUGGUACUUGUCUGCAUUGUUGUUGUCAUCUUGCUGAUUCUCUUAUUUUUCAUCUGGAGGCACCCACAAAAUCCAACAAAGGCGUCUUUUAUGGUACCUUUACUUCCUGCUCUGCCUUUAGUGAGCACACUAAUCAACAUUUACUUAAUGGUACAACUAGGUUCAGACACAUGGCUGCGAUAUGCAAUCUGGAUGUUAGUUGGAUUAGUGAUCUAUUUUGGUUACGGAGUCCGUAACAGUGUUCAGAGGAAGCGUUUGAUGGCCAACCAGACCGUGAUUGAAACAGUCAGCAGCAAAACAGACAAGGACAUAAUAAAAGAAGAAAAGUUCUGAUCUCAGAUGGAGGGAAGGCAGACGAAAUGAGAUGUUACAGUGAUUAACUGCUUUGAAUGUGUACCAAAUAUUUGUGAUGCUUAUCCAUUUCUCUGGAGUUUUUAGUCCGGGAAUGCAAGUAAAACAAUUUAUGUAGUAAAAUGCAGAUAGCCUUGGAAAGGUUUUUUUUUUUUUACAAUAAAUUGCUGCUUCAUUACACAAUAACAUUUCGAUAUGCAUAAACCCUUUCUCCAUCACAAUCUGAAAACCUUUGAAACAUUUCUGCACUUUUAACACACCACGACAGAGAAAGGUUAUCUGUAUAAAAAAAAAACAACAACAACUAGCACAUAUUUAAACAUACAUUAAAUUAUUGAAUACAUUAAGCCCUUGCCCUACCUUGCCCUUUUGUGUGUAAAUACCAGCUCCAAAAGCCUAUUAAUCUGCCCCAGAUGUACUUUACUGAUGUACAAAAUCUGUACAUAAUUAACUUAUAUCAUACCACACACAAAUAGUAACAUGUGUUUUUUUUUCACAGCACAUGAAUUUUAAAAUUGUUAGUUUGUUUUAUUUCAUUUUUUACAUUUUUAAAUUAUUAGACUAAAGCAGUAGUAGGAUAUACCGUAAAUCCUCUAAUAUUGGCCUGUAUUCAAUUAACGGCCGGGUAUCACAUUUUGGCUGGUGUCGGAGUCGGCGGAGGUGAAUAAUGGCCGGUUUUUUAUUGUGGCCGGGUGGAAUGUGGUAACAAGCAAGUGCCACAGGGGGGCGGUUGUGUCAUCCGUCUCACUUUUGAUUUGCCAGUGAUAGACCGCAAGGGUAACUUUAACUGUGCGGAGACGAAGAGGAGGCGAAAAUUUUAUAUCAACUUCAAAGAGAACGUGCUGAUUGUGCUGCGGAACACUCUGGGGAGCAGUAGCAGGGGUUGUAUGAACUAGUCACUAGUCGACUUCACCGCUCUAUAGUGACUUUUUAUGCCUGUCAUCGACUAGUCGCUGUCACGUGAUAAUGACCGGCAAGAUGCAGUCCUCGGAAAAGACAGCAUCCUGCUGUCAGCAGGUGACAAGCUCCUGUGCGUCGGGAGGCUACGCGCUGUGCCAGAGCGUCGGUACUGACACCCGCCGUAAAACGGACAUUUAACAAAAUUGUGACCUUUACCCUCUUGCAAUUUAACCUUCCCCUCACCCCCAUCCUAACCUUAACCAGCUUGCACAUGCAAAGCUCUGAUCAUUGACGCGCUCCAGACAUCUGCGUCCUGAGCAUGGCCACAGUAACAUUAUCAAAUCAGGUGUCGCCACCUCAAAAACUAAUUUAACACGCGAUCGUUCAUGUCGGCUCAUUUCCUUUUAUGUUUUCUGUCUUUUAUUCUUUUAUUUGUGCCUGAUGCCUUUCGCUGUUGUGGAUCGGGGCGCAUCACCUGUUUUGUCCUCGGUGACACAUCUAACUGAUGUGGUCGGCGAGCAGCGCACACUCUGCUGUUUUUGCGGUCGGUAGAUCUUUUAGAACUGCAGUUCAAAGGUAACUCAUAAGGUGAAUAUAUAUGAAGCCAGGUAGCAGUUUUUCUUAAGGACUGAGAGGAGAUGCAGGAAGAUAAUAAACAGGCAGGACAGAAAAAUAGUCAAAUAAAAACAAGUUUUUGUACCUGGUGGACACCACUGAAGGUAAUCAGAAGUGAGGAACAGAAAAUGAAAAAAUUAUUUUAAUGUUUAGAGCAGCAGGAACUCCGAGAGGCUGCAGGCGCAUCAGUGAGUUUGCGGCCGCUGCGCAGGGGGAGGGGGGAGAGGGCUGAAGCAGAAACUACCGUUGUUAAAAGAAAUGUGUUUAACUUUGAAAAUGUGGGCGCAAUUUUAAUUGUCAAAAACUCCAGCAAACCUUUUAGUUCAUUUUGCUCAAAUAGAAAUUGAGGCCUGCCUAUAAUUCUGGUCCUCCUUCCAAUAAAGGCCUGGAGCGUGAUGAGCUUGAGUCAAAUACAGGCCCGGGCCUGUAUUAGAGGAUUUACGGUAAGUAUGGAAUACCCUUAGUGGAGCAUCACAUUUCUUUAGCCUUUUUAUGUGAUGCAUUUAAAGAUUUCUGUAUUGAGUCUUUGCCUGUGAAUAUAUUUGCUAUUUUUAUUGCUGUAAAUAUUCCUUAAUAAAGAAGAAUCAGUCAAAUUGUAA